AUAGUAAAAUCACGCAAGGUAGAAUUUUGACUCCUAUAUAGACCUUACAUUCCUUCCCCUUUUUCUUCACACAACCCAAUAGGAAAGCAAUGGAAGCCAUUUCUUCUAAGCAUCUUCUCACAAAUCUCUUGCUCAUUUUUGCUUCUAGUUUCACCACGCUCUGUGCCAACAAAGCCAUUCAAACACCACACCAAGAAGCCAGCACACUGUUCAUCAGAACAUCUUGCAGUUUCACAACUUAUCCCAGACUCUGCUAUACCUCCUUAGCGAGGCAUGCGGAGUUGAUCCAAACGAAUCGUGUGCUUUUAACCGGCGCCGCCCUUAACGUGACUCUUGCAUCGGCGAAAUCGACCGCAGCAGUGGUGUCGAUGAUGGCGAAGAGCCAGGGGCUGAAGCCCAGAGAGGUUGCAGCGAUGAAAGACUGUGUGGAGGUGCUGAGUGACUCGGUGGAUGAACUCAGAAGGUCUAUCGAUGGGAUGACUCAUCUAAGAACCUCCAAUUUUGAGAUGACGAUGAGUGACUUACAGACAUGGGUGAGUGCUGCUUUGACUGAUGAGAACACUUGCACAGAUGGAUUUCAAGAGAGUGCCACCGCCACCGCCACCGCCGCCGCCGCCACCACCACAACCACCAUUGCUGGUACAAACACUAAGACCCGUGUGAGAGGACUGGUUGUGCAGGUAGCCCAAUUGACCAGCAAUGCAUUGGCCUUGAUUAAUCAGCUAGCUAAUCAAGGUUAAUUAACUACCUCAUCACCUUCAAAUACGUGUGCGUGUUUUAUUACAGAACAUCCAUUUAUACUUAAUGUCUCAAAUACAGACAUCAUCUGAUUUCAUGUUUCUUAGAUUUUGUUCCUUAUAAGGUUAAGGUAACAGUGGUGUGUUCAAUUUCAUUUUAUAUAUUGCAAUAUGUAAAUAACAAUUAGUUGAGAGAUUUAUCUCACAGCUACAAAUUGUUAGUGGUGCUGUGAAAUGGGUUUUAUAUUUCUUCUUACUGUUUUUUGUCUUGGUGAACUAUUUGUAUAAUUAUUGUAGAGUGAAGUUCCUAUGAGAAAUAUGAAGAUUUUCAAUUAGCUGUC